CCUGGCAACAGGUGAAACCUGAGAGUUUCCCCUGAGCAAACAGGCUAAUCCCCUAUGAACUGUGGCAUUACUGGAAGCUCAGCCCUCUCUCACUGCAUGCUCAACAGUGACUACAUAGAGUAUCCAUAUUGUUUUAUCAUACUGGCACAACUACCAUAUUUAUUCUAGCUGGGAUGGCACCUCAUGUAAUGUUAUCCUACCAAUGGGACAUCCAAGCUCUUGUGAAAAGGGUUUAUGAUCGUCUCAAGGAGGAUGGCUUACCAGUUUGGAUGGACAUCGAAGGAGGAGUGUCAGGAAACAUUAAUGAUGCGAUAGCGGCAGGCGUGGAAGAGGCUGCGGUUAUCUGUCCUUUCAUGACACCGGAGUACCAGGCUUCACGCAGCGCCAAGAAGGAGCUGAACUACGCAGACACCCGGGGGGUGACCAUUGUGCCUGUGAUGGUGGUUAAGAACUGGGAGGCUACCGAAUGGCUAGGGCUGAUCACCGCUGGGCUGCUCUGGAUAAACUUCAGAAACGCAGAGCAGAGUGAUGAGCACUUUGAGAAGUGCAUGAAGUCCUUGGAGGAUGAGAUCAUGUUUUGCGCGGGGAGCCAGCUGAAUGAGGAAACCCCGCCCCUUGAUAUCAACGACGGUGCCGUUGAGAGACUGGCCGUGCAGCGAAAACCAGGAAGAGGAUUCCGUCACUCCCUCACGGGACUGUACCUCUGGGAAUCUGGCGAAGAGAAACUCCACCCAGCCAGUGACAGCAUGAACUGUGUAGAGCUCCACAGCAGUCCAGGAGACCGCAGGUGCUGGGAGGAAAUAAGGGGGGAUGGCUGCAAGCACUACAGGAGCUUCAUUACCAGUGGAUAUUUAGGUUAUGAACCCAAUGGAAACUCUACUUACACUAAAUCUAGUCCCCACGAGGCAGAAGAGUGGCAGCUGAUGGUGGAUGGCAGUGACAGCAGUCCAGAGAGGGCUGUUAUCAUGAAGAAUAAGCACUCCCAAAGCUUUCUGGCAGUGCAUGAUGGGAAACUGACUGGAGUGAAAUACUACAAUGAAAGCUGCAAAUGGUUUUUGGAGUAAAGGAUUUUUAAUCCCAGCUGUGUCUACAGCACAGGUUAAAUCAAAAGAUGUUUAACAUCCCUUUUGAGAACAAUUCUGCAGUUCUGGUGUGGUGGCUGUCAGAUGGAGAAUGUGCAAAUGUGAAAGUUUUUGUAAAUCUGAAUUUAUAUAAUAAAGUCAACAAAACAUUUCCUGCAA